AUGCUUGGUGAGGCGGGGCCAGAGGAACUCCCAGAAGGCAGGGCAAGGGGAGGAGGUGCCAACUUGGGAGCAGGAAGGGAGAUUUCACUGCCCCAGCUCAUCACCGUCGUCUGUCACCCUGAAAACUAUGCGAUAUUUGUACCCAUGAGCACAAUCCUGUUGGAAAAGGCUUCCAUGGCCCAUUCCCAGGGCAACAGCCCCUACCUCAGCAGCUUUUACCUCAAGCAUUCUAUCCAUGCUCUAACCAUUGAUUUAUCCAUUGAUCCUUUCAUUCAUUCCAAAAAUACCCAAGGGCUCAGCGGCAAGAGGAGCCUGUCCCCUUUCCCUGUGACCCUUCUCUCCCUCCCUCCUUCUCAGUUUUCCAGUUUGCUGUUAGCGACCAUGAACGAUGAUGAGUGGCUGGAGCGACUCCUCCAAGCCAUCAUGGAGAAGAUCAAUAGCUCAGACACAUUCUAUUUAAAGGACAAGGGCAUUGCAGUGGCACUCAGUGUCGUGUCCAGAAGACAUCUGGAGACAAUCCUGGACCAGUUGCAAGCCUAUGGUGCUGCGCUCACGGACCAGAAUUCAUCACCCAUCCUCGAUCUGACAAAGGACCAUCAGCAGAGGGAAUGGGGGCUGGUGUGCGACACCAUCUAUUCCAGCUUCAGCAAGAUCAUUGAAGACAGCAGGAAGGACAUCUUGAGUCAUGUUGAUGGCAUCCUGGCUUUCGCCCUAAAGACCUACCAGGACUCCAUCAUAGUAAAGGACACCAACAUGAAGCUGGACUACCUGGACGCCCUGACCAAAAUGACAACCGCCUUAUGCAACCAGGCCUUGGACCCCAAUACUCAGUUCCCCUCCGCACAGGAACUGGAGCGCCUUAUGGUGAGAAUACUGAAGGAGGAGCCAAUGGAAGCCCUCUCCAGCUCCAUUAGGCUGAAGGCCAUCAACGUGAUCAUUGACUUAAGGAAGCUCACGGGCGUCUCAGACUGGAAUGAAGAACCAAUAACACUACUUGAAACAAGUUGCAAGAGGGUGCUUUGCCUCCCAUACGAAGACAAGUUGGAUAUAAAGAGUUCCGACCACACGGAGGGCAAGGCCACUGUGGAUCUAUACAAGAGUACACUGGAGAGUCUCUUAAGACUUACGCAGGCUCUGAUUGAAGAGAGGCCCUCUGGGACAGAGGACUUGUUGGAGUGUUUUGACAGAUGGAUUAACUCAGAAAAAAAUUAUGAGCGGGAACGAGCCAUGUGGAUCACUUCACAACUUUUAAGUUAUGUGGCAGAGAAACAGAGUUUAAACACUAAAAUAAAUUUCGCCAAACUGGAAAGCCUGGUCAAGCUGCUGGCCCUGCGCUGCCACGAUGAAGUGGACACCGUCUGCGUCCUGUCCUCUAAGGCUGCCUACCACCUCUACCGCAUUCUUCUGCACCAAAAGCAGAUGAGAAUGAAUAUAGGCUUGGGGCAGAAGAAGACAAGUGGUGAGAUCUAUAGUGCCUAUUCAUUCUACAAGGAUUCAUCAUCUAAUAUUGGCAGAAAUAGCACAUACAACAUUGCGAAGGCAUUUGCUGAGUUCUUCACCCAGAUUCAGCUCACCAACCUUGUGCUGGAGGCUCUGAAGUCUGUUACGGACAGCAUGGCCACCGUGUCUCUCCCUGCAGCCCAGCUGAUGAGUGCCAUCAUGAAGGAGAGGGGCGGAGACGUGCUGCAGACUGAGGAAGUGGUGAGACGCAUCCUGAGUCAUCUCGAUUCCACGCUGGAGCCCCGCAUCAGGGAGGAGCUGCUGCAGGCCAUGUGCUGGCUGGCAGGCCACAGCACCUCCACCGUUGUGGCCCUGCUGCUCAGCCAGCCUCUGCCCUGGGACAGAACCCAGUUGGACAUAUGGGAGGCAUUUGGCACUGACCGGGAAACUGCAGUCCGCAUCCUCCAGCUGUUGGCGAGCAUCUUGGCCGAGAAAGACCCCAAGAAGGACAGCAGGGAGAUGGACUUGCAGCCCGUGGCGGUCUCCUGCGCGUUGCUGGCGAUUUUAGCAGGCUCAGUCUGCCAGGAGGCUAUUCAGGAACUCUAUCCCCGACUGCUGCUGGGUCUGCUCUGUGAUAUAUACUGGACAGGCGAAAAGAAUUCUCCCCAGCAGGGAGUGGUGUGCAGCAAUAUGGAAGACGGCAAGUCCUUCGAUCCCUUGAGUUGUGCCCUCCAAGCCCUGAGGGCUCUGACAGUGGCUGUGGAUUACACUACAGUGGUGACAUAUGCAGAUGAGGAGCACUGCUGGGAAAUCCUCAGUUCCCCAGAGUCCUUUCAUCUAGGGGUCAUGACACUAAGCAGGGCCAUCGUGAGCAACUGCCCACAACAAGUAAUCAAUGAAAUUCUGGAUUUAGUCAUGAACAUGUUGGAGAGCCAAGAUCCUGGUCAGAAGCUACUGGCACAAAGUGUCUAUGCAGAGCUCCUUUGGCACAGAUCAGUGGCAGAGACUCUGGGGCAAGAAUCUUUAAAUACUGUAAUGAAAUACAUCCAUGAUCCGGAUACCACACUAAAGGAGAUCGGCAUAAUUGGUAUGAGUAAUCUCGCCCUACACCCCAAAACAGCAGAGACUCUGUCCACCAUGAUUUGUGUCUGUAAAGAGCUACUGAGAACUACACCCCGACUGAAAAUUCAUUCAAUGAAGACAUAUAGAAACAUUGUCAUCACUACCAAAAGAGAAUCCAAGGAUGUCUUCCAUACCAUCUCUAAGGACCUGCGUCUGCUUCUUAAUGAUGAGACAAAAGAGGUGAGACUCUCAGCCACCUCCAUCCUAGGCGACAUACUGCAAAAGAUAAAUCAAUAUAAACCGGGGUCCUCUUUAAAAAAAGUGAUUCACACUUUUCUUGCUCCACUGCUGCUUAACCUUCAAGAAGAUGACAUCGAUACGGUCAAGGUGUGUACAGAGACCCUUGAAAAGUGGAGUAAAAUAAUAAAAUGGAAAUCACUCACCUCUAAGUUUAAACAUGCUAAUCUAAGCAACCACAUUCUAGUUAUUGAAGACACCAUCAAACACCUGGUACGCAAAAGAAAAAUUGACAUGUUGGGAAUGCUGUUCUUGGAAACCUUUGAAAUCCUUAAGAGCCCUGAGCCCUUUCUGAGGAUUAGUGCACUCCAAUUGAUAGGAAUCAUAUUAAAGAAUCUGCCUACAAUGCACCUGGAAGAUUCAGAAGUUAUAAAAACUGCUCUUGAAACAGCAAAUGAGUCCGUGCCAGCCAUCCAGCAGUUGACUGCUGCCACUUUGGCAAACCUUAAUCUUAUUCCUGCUCCGAAGAUGGGAAAAAGUUGUCUCGGGAGAUGUUACAACCUGCUUGUGCCAUCCAAUACAAGCCGCCUUUUCAGCUCUAUAGAUGAGAAUGAAAGUGGGAAGAACAGUAAAAGCAAAAUGAGCCCUAUUCGUGCCUGGUGGCAGAAGCACCGAGGAACCGUAAAAGAUUCCUCGCAACUCUAGAAGAUAGAACGCUAAUACUGUUGAUAAAGGUUCUUCCUGCCAGGAGAUUCUCACAAUUUUCCCGAGGGUCAUUGCUUCUGCAUUAGGCCUGUGUCCUGCCAGCUGG